AUGCAAAAAAAUGGUCCUAUUUGAUUGCUCGGUUUUCUCGUUUUCUCUCUACCACCGAAUCAAGAGAAAACCACCGGAAAACAAAUGCCAGAAGGCGAUCGACGACGAGGAGAAGUCUGAGACGACCUCGACGUCGACGGGACUCCGAGCCCGACCACGGGACCGCUGGUUGGUGGUGGGGCUUGGGCCACCCAGCCUACGUCCUCGGCACUGCAGUGCACCCACGUUGUUCGACGAAAUGCCAAAGCCAACCUUGACACUCAGGCUCAGAUGUCUGCACGGGGCGUCCGUCUCCGGCGAUCAUGACCUGAAAUCACGGUUUAAGCACAGAGAGCUAAACUUGGUCGAGGGAGUAUGAAAAGCUGUUUACGUGACGUCAUUCCCUAAUUUUUCCCGUGACGUCAGCUAGUACCACAAAUGCCUAGUUCAGGAGGCUGGAGAUGGAUGGCCGGCGGGAGGGGAUUGGAUUGGAACGCCAGUGGGGCCGAGCCCCAGUCGGACGGGAUCAAUGCACGCUGCUGCUGCUCUCUAGGUCUGUUGCCGAACGAUGCUCUAGGCCCUGGCCUGCGGCUGGCCGGCCCGGCUCUGCUCCCCCCAGCAGUGCCCGUCUGGUGUUCGAACAAAUGCCUCAGCGGCCAGCGGGGCGCCGGCAGCGGAGCCGACCGUACUAGCUACCGUGGCCAGUGAUUGGUGCCUCAAUUUAGUCGUGCACCAGUCAACAGUCAACACACCCUCUCCGCCUACCAUGGCUGCCUACAGAUUCCAUUUCAGGUAUUCUACUGGCCAACUCUUGCUUAUCUACUCACAGCAGCAUGCCGGAUUAUUUAACAGUUGAGCUGCGUGCUAAUUUGUUCAUUAUUUCUGGCGUCUUAGGUUCUUUUCUAACUCCAAAGUGGUCCUUCUCUUGGGGAGAUCAUAUAUUCCCUUACUUAAUCUGGAUGCCGACCGUUUCUUUUCUAACUCCAAAGCUAGUCCAAAGUGGCCCUUCUCCUGAGGAGUUCAUAUAUGAAUGAAUAUACUUAUUAGUUAAGCCAUCAGAUAACAAUAGCCUGAUAAUACAUUGCUGUGGGGUCUUAUCUUAUUUCCUUCCUUUUUAACUGACCUCACCGGUCUCUCCCCCUCGUUUUUCACUGUCCACACCACCGUUCACACCAUUAUUGACGCCCGAAGAACUCAGCUGUCUUUGAAGCACACAAGGCGUCCCUCACUAGUCUGAGCAGCAGCCGUCGCUCUGGAUACAAGCUCAAAGCCGCAACCUCGGCUAGGCUAACGGGGCAGCCAUUCCGAGUGAGCAACUGAGCAUUCCCAUUUCAGUUAAUCGUACUAGUUACCCUGAUCUGGGUACAAGUUCAAACGUGCAACCUCGGCUUGGGGCUGAUGCAUGAUAGCUGAUGAGGGCAGCCGUUCUGUGUGACUAUGUCUAUGUGAUGAGCAUUGCGUUGCUUUCCCGUUCCAGGUAUUGAGAGAAAACAAAGGGAAAUAUCUGGACUGCUAUUUUGGUUAUCGCUCUGGAUACAAGCUCACUUGCAGCCAUUUAUGGCUAAUGAGGGCAGCCCUCCCGUGUGACUGAGCAUUGCAAUGCUUUCCAUGCCAGAUAUCCUCUCCAUCCAAGAAACUCUUACCCGAUGCUGGAGAUGGACGAAUAGAGAGCAACUGAAAGCCUGAGACUUGCAAUUUCAGUCAGAGAGCAACCACAUGGCAGACAGCGAGCAGUUCGUGGUCACCAUCGGUCCGACCAACAUCAACACCCCGGGUACCCAGGGACGAGGGAAUGAUUUAAGUGAAGACAACAGAGGCAAGAUCACAGUAAUGUUGUGUCCAGUGGAAAUUUAUUAUCCCCUGGCCAUGAAUCCAGCCCCAGGAUCAAUGAUGAUUUUGAGCUAUUGUGGGGACAUCGUAAGUAUUUGGUACUUCUUGGAGUCCUAGCAGUCGGUGUGACAUACAAUGCUGGAUUAACACCACCAGGGGGGUCGUGGACACUAAACAAGGAUGGUCAUGAUGCUGGUGACCCUGUCAUGCAUGAUGGCUUUUCUGAACGAUAUGAGGUGUUCUUUUACUUCAAUGCAGCAGCCUUCGCUGCAUCUCUUGUCUUAAUCAUCUUGCUUCUCAGUAAGAUUGUGACAAAUCAGAGGAUGUGGCUCCAUUCAAUGCAAUUAACCAUGAUACUUGACCUAUUCAGCCUGCUCGGGGCUUAUGCUGCUGGAAGUUGCAGGGCACUCAAGUCAUCCAUUUACAUCUUGGUUCUAGUCUUUCCUGCUAUCAUAUAUGUUGGGAUCCAUACCCUAGUAUCCACAAGGCUUAUUCCAAGAGAAUUGAAACAGAAUCUGCAGGCAAUGAUAAAGAGAGUUCUAAAGCAACAGCAAGGGAGCAUCCCUCUAGAGAAAGAUGUUGAGAAGGCUUGCAAGUUCAUUUUGACGCUUGUAACUUUUGCUGCUACUAUCACAUACCAAGCAGGAUUGAAUCCACCGGGCGGCUUUUGGGUUGAAAAUGGCCAUGGUUCUAAUAAGGUGCAUUUGGCCUUUCCUCCUUACAAGCAUCAGCCGGGUACUUCUGUUCUCCGGAGUAACUACCUUGGUCGUUAUUAUAUAUUCAUCAUUUCCAAUUCAACUUCCUUCGUGGCAUCUUUGGUCAUAAUCAUACUGCUUCUGAGCCCAAAACUGAGUGUUCAUGGAAUAAGGACCACAGCAGUGAUUGUGUGUGUGGUAGUGGACCUAUCGUGCCUAAUUGUUGCGUAUGCUGCAGGAUGUUGUAGAGAGGUAGCAACAUCAUUCUAUGUGGUGUUUAUCAUCGUCAUAGUUUGGAUCUCCUUUUCAAUUUUAGCUGGAUUCUUUGUUUCCAGGCCUGUAGCAAAUUGGCUACAAAAGGUCAAAACAAGCAGCCUCUGUUGCGUGGAAAAAUUGGACCGUGUACUUUCAUUGAGGUUUAGUAGACACAGGCCAAGCAAGGCAGAGCAGGAGAAUUCUUAUGCAAGCAAUCAUCAUACUUCAGUCCGUUCAACUGAUGCACCUGCAGAAGAUAAUACCCCUGAACCACAAGACCAGCCUGCAGACAGUCACCAACUUCCAAAUAUCAGAGAGGAUGAGCAUCUGAAGAAGACCCGCACAUGUAUGUUGCUUCUUGCCAUUCUUGCAGCAUCUCUGGCAUACCAAUCAGGUUUGAAUCCACCAGGUUUCUUUUGGUCAAGAAGUAAAGAUCAUCAUUCAGCAGCUGAUCGCAUCCUUGAGGACACCCACCAUCGCCGGUUCAUUGCAUUCUUCUAUCUCAAUGCAAUCGCCUUUGUGGCAUCCAUUGUCAUGAUCACUUUGCUCUUGAACAAGAUGGCGAGCGACAAGGUUAACAACAGCAGCAAGCAAUCAACAGCCGAAACCCGGCGAGCAGCCUUCUCGACUGCAUUGGGGGACGCACCAGUUGUGCGCGCGGCCAAGUCGAUCCGCGCACUCCUCCGAGUGAUCGUCGCCGGAGAAGACGCCGAAUGCGGUCGGCCCUUGCCCUUCGGGGGACGAGGGGGCGCCAUGGAGCGGACCUGCCCAGUUCCGGUCACUGGGGAGGUCACUCCCGACCCAGCCCGCGACGAAGAUCGUGGCGAUGACGCCCGGGCGAUGGCGGGUAAGGCCAUGCGCGGGGAGGAGGGGGGGGCAGACCUCCAAGCUGACGUUGCUUGCACCACUGAGCGUCUCCGACUCCAAAGCAGCCAUGGGAGUGCCAAGGAGUAG